UGAAAUGACAGUUUCCUGUCUACCAGUGGUUAUGUCUAAAAUAGCAACAGAUGGUGGGAGACAAUGGUAACACACAUAAAGGAAUCUGGUUAUUGCAGAACCAAUUCAUUUUGAAAACCAAACCAAACCAUUUUAUAUUCGUUCACAAACAGGUGGCAGGGGUAUGGACAUUUAAUUUGGACUCAACUGAUUACCUGACAUGGAAGUUCCCUGUCUAGCAGUGGUUACAGCUCCAGACAGAGAGAUACAGCGAUAGCACAUUUAGGAAUCUGCUUCUUUGUUAAAAUCAGCAUAAAGAAGAUUAAUUUGCAGAUCCCAAACAUAGCCACAUCCUCAUUCUUGUGAAGUCUUACAUUCACACCUAUUUAGUAGCCAAUCACAUUCAAGUUUUUUUUAUUGUCUGCCCAUUGGUGGUAAGACAUCUAUAAAAUGUUCAGUACGCAACUUCAUACUAGAACAUAUUCUGUAGCCGAUCGUCUGGUAAUAGUAGUUGAGACCGUGGUAGAACAUGGAGAUGUCAGCGGAUAAGUAUGCCAAUAUGGACCAGUUAGGUAACAAAGAGGCGAGCAAAAAUGAGAAUAUCUAUAAAGAUGCCAUCGCCUCUCAGGACUCAAGAGAAGAGACCAAGAAGGAUGCCACCUCUAAGGGCAGACCAGUUGCUACCCCCUUAAGUUACGAUAACUCAGGUAGGAGACCCUCAAGAGCUGCUGCAGUUUGUCUGUGGAUGCUGUGCAUUCUCCUACUGGCUGGGAUUGUAGGUCUGGGAUUCUACCACAAGAAUAUCACCAGUGGGUUUGAGGAUUGUAAAGUCAGCAACAUCAACCUGUCUAAGAAAAAAGACCAGUUACAGAUCAGCUUCAACACCAUGACUAAUGAGACAGACCAGCUACAGACCAGCUACAACACCAUGAAGAAGGAGAUUGACAAGCUACAGACCAGCUUCAAUAACCUGGCUAAGGAAAGUGACCAGUUGAAGACGGAGAGAGACAGGCUUCAGAAGAGCUUUUCUGACCUAAAACAAGCUGGGCCUAAAGGCUGGACGCUGUUUCAGUCAACUUGGUAUUACAUCUCGUCUGAGGUAAAAUCCUGGGAUGAGAGCAGACAGGACUGCAUUGAGAGAGGAGCAGACCUGGUGAUCAUAAACAGCAAAGACGAGCAGACAUUUCUCACUAAUCUUAACAAGGAGGUCUGGAUUGGCCUGACUGACAAAGACAGAGAGGGAACCUGGAAAUGGGUGGACGGUACCGCACUGAUCACAGCCUAUUGGACGGGAAAACAACCUGAUAAUGGUGGUGGGGAUCCAAAAUAUGGGGAGGAGGAUUGUGCUGAGAUUGUUACUUGGUGGAUAUGGAAUGAUAUUUCAUGUGCAAAUCAUUACAAUUGGGUCUGUGAGAUUGUUUAAAACCUGUUUGGGAUAGGGGGCGGUAUUUUCACGUCCGGAUGAAAAUUGUGCCCAAAGUAAAAUGCCUGCUACUCAGGCCCAGAAGCUAGGAUAUGCAUAUAUUGGUAGAUUUGGAUAGACAACACUCUAAAGUUUCUAAAACUGUUACAAUUAUGUCUGUGAGUAUAACAGAACUUAUUUGGCAGGCGAAACCCCGAGGACAAACCAUAUGAAAGUUAAAUAUUAGUAAUAAUUUAUUUUUUAUUUUCGAAACGUUCCACUAGUGGAACCCCUAUCCCAAACAGGUUUUAACAGUCUUGUAAUUUAUUGCAUGUGUAUGUACCAGAUGUGCUCCCUGAACUUCUAUCAUGAAGUUUUGAUAUGAGCAAGGAAAUGAUUUUGAAAUUUGAUAAGAAGCUUCAAAGAAAUGACUCUGAAAUGUAAAGACUGUUCCUUCCUAUUUGUGUUCCCAAACUGGUGGUUAGGCGGACAUGUUGGCACUUAACUCAACUGACUCCCUGAACAGACAGUUCCCUGUCUACCAGUGGAUGUGUCCAGUGGUGCAAAGUACUUAAGCAAAAAUACUUGAAAGUAACAACUAGUUUUUUGAGGUAUCUGUACUUUACUUUACUAUUUAUAUUUUUGACAACUUUUAGUUUUACUCCACUACAUUCCAAAACAAAAUAAUGUACUUUUACUCCAUACAAUUUCCUUGACACCCAAAAGUACUUGUAACAUUUCGAAUGCUUAGCAGGACAGGAAAAUUGUCUAAAUCACGCACUUAAAGAGAAACUCCCUAGUCAUCCCUACUGCAUCUGAUCUGACGGACUCACUAAACACAAAUGCUUUGUUUGUAAAUUAUAUCUGAGUGUUGGAGUGUGCCCCUGGCUAUAAGUAAAUUUAAAAAACAAGAAAAUUGUUCUGUCCGGUUUGCUUAAUAUAAGGAAUUUGAAAUGAUUUAUAAUUUUACUUCUACUUUUGAUACUUAAGUAUAUUUAGGCAAUUACAUUUACUUUUGAUACUUAAGUAUAUUUAAAACAAAAUACUUUUUGACUUUUACUGAAGUAGAAUUUUACUGGGUGACUUUCACUUUUACUUGAGUCAUUUUCUAUUAAGGCAUCUGUACUUUUACUCAAGUAUGACAAAUGGGUACGUUUUCCAGCACUGGCUAUGUCUAUCUAACACAGCAUCAGAUAAAGAUAUAGCAAUGUGGUACUGUCACCUCAGGACAUUAACAGCCUGGGAGGCCUUUUUACUUAAAACUUUGCAAGCAUGUGGAGACAUAUUAUGCAAAAUGCAAGAAAUACCUAUAGCCACAUCAGAGGUCCUUGAAAUGUUACCCUAUAUACCCCUAUGUUUAUGUGUAUUGCUAUCGUGAUGGAUGUAAUGAAUCUUACUCUGCCUGCCAGUGUGAUGUGAUCUACUUUAGUUUGGUAUUUUUAGGUUGCUUGCUUGUAUUGUUAAUUUGUUGUUAUCUGAUUGAUUUGUCUUGAUUAUUGAUUGAUUUGUCUCUUCAAUUGCUUUGUUGCAUGAAGAAAAAUGCCAUUAAAGAUUUUGGUCAUAAAAAAUGAACACACCUUGGGUUG